CUGCUGUAGAUAAUAAUUAUCGCUUCACUUGAAAGCACACUGGAUGCUAUAAUUCACAAACGGACGAUAGACCCAAUAGACACAUAUUUUGUUAAAUAGUAAAGGAACAUUUAUUGGAAAAGUAGACUGCGGGCGAGCCGUUACGUGCCACCCAACAAAGGGCUUUGUGAUGGGUGGGGCGCCAACUUCAAGGAGGUACAGAGCCCCAGAGACAGUUGUCACAAUGAAGAGCCCCACUUCCUUUUGGGCCUUCUCACUGGGAUUCUUGGUGGGGGCCCUCAGCUUCUAUUUGUUCCUGCACCAGCUGUGGUUGGAAAAGAGCUACCCGAUGCUGUCUGAGGGACAGGAUAAAGACAUGGUGGUACAUCUGACAUCCACCAGCUGGAGGAGGAAAGAAGGCGCUCUCAUAAACCGGACCCCGAUUUACCAUGAAGAUGAAGACAGUUGGGUGGCAGACCAAUUGUACCAGAAGGUCAGAGUUCUCUGCUGGGUUAUGACGGAGACACAUAACCUGCGAACCCGGGCCCACCACGUCAGGGCCACCUGGGCUCGGCACUGCAAUGCAGUGGUUUUCAUGAGCUCUGUGAAAGACCCUGAUUUGCCCGCUGUUGGCCUGGACACGAAUGAGGGCCGUGACCAGCUCUACUGGAAGACCAUCCGCGCCUUCCAUUAUAUCUAUGAGCACCAUGUAGACCAAGCAGACUGGUUCUUGAAAGCGGAUGAUGACACCUUCGUGGUGGUGGACAACCUGCGAUGGAUUCUGUCCAACCACACCCCUGAAGAGCCCAUCUAUUUUGGCAAACGCUUUAAGCCCUUUUCCAAACAGGGUUACAUGAGUGGAGGCGCAGGGUACGUGCUUAGUAAAGAGGCCCUCAGAAGAUUUGUGGAGGGCUUCAGGACUAAGGUUUGCACGCACACUAGCCCUGUAGAAGACGUCGCUCUUGGCCAGUGUUUGGAGAAGAUGGGCGUUCUUGCUGGCGACUCCAGAGAUACUUUCCAUCGAGAAACCUUCCACCCAUUUGUGCCUGAGCAUCAUCUCACUGGAAAGUUCUCCAAAACCUUCUGGUAUUGGAACUAUUGCUACUACCCAAUUAUUGAGGGUCCACAAUGCUGCUCCGACCUGGCCGUGUCAUUUCAUUAUGUGCCAGCAGAGCUGAUGUACACCCUUGAGUACUACACCUACCACUUGAGAGCAUAUGGCUACAAGCCACGCUAUCGACCCUCCGUACGCUCACUCUCUCGCACAACAGUGACCGCUGUAGUUCAGUCACUCCGAGGAGGGAUAAAUGGAACACACGUGAACGAGAGCUUUCCUUUGAAUGCCAACCAAACUGCUGCAGAAACGGGGGUAAAGGAACCAAAGUCGCUUCUAUCAGGAAACAGGACCGCAGCUACACUGCACGGCUUAUGAUUGCUUUUAUUUGAUAUUUGAGCAAAUGCUACUCAGCCUAUUUGAGACAAGUCUGUGGAAACUGGGCUGCAUUUUGAGCUCUUUUUUUUGACACAAUCCAGUCUUAAGGUUCCUGUCUCGUAGCUCACCUAGAAAUUGUACACUAGGUUAAAAGUUUAUAGCAGGGGUGUCAAACGUACCCGCAAACAGGUUUUAUCUGGCCCGCGGGAUGAGUUUGCUAAGUAUAAAAAUGAGCCGAAAUGUUUUAAUGAAAGAAACUGCUGUUCUAAAUGUGUCCACUGGAUGUCGCAAUAGCAAUUCUUUGUAUCUUUGUAGAUGAUGCUACAUAUGUAAAUAAAACAAAAAAAACACAUGAUGUUCGUGCACCAGUCGAGGAAAAUGAGCAAACUACAUAAAAAACAUCCUGUAAUUUGAUUUUGAUUUUCUUUUUUUUAAAUCUUGAUAGAUUGAAAAUUAGUUGACUGAUGAACAUGAUCACAUCAUUUAUUCAGAAAGUAUAAAUAACGACAAAUAAAGAUAGAACGCUAUUAACCGCAACAUGUAAGUGUAAAAAAACAACAACCCAACAACAUUAUGAUUUGUAAAUUUUCAUAAUGUACUCUUAUUUUCAAACAAAGAAAACAAUCUGAUGUUGUCUUUAUUUUUAAGUUAUCGUGCCGUGAUUUUACCAGUCCGGCCCACUUGGAAGUAGAUUUUUCUCCAUGUGGCCCCUGAUCUAAAAUGAGUUUGACACCCGGGGUUUAGAGAAUGUCUUAAUUUGACUUUAUCAUAACUGACUGUCAAUAUGUGCAUUCUUUUGGAUGUUGUAACGAGGACCCAGGUAGGGGGGGACGUUGGUGUUUAGUAAUGUUUAAAGAUUUAUUUUCUGCCAUUUGGAUAUGUAAUGUAUAUAUUUUUUCAAACAAUAUAUCAUGAAUAUUAAUAUAAAAUAAAUAUAGCUGUGAAAGUUUAAUAACAAGGCUGCUUGAAUCAAAUUAAAAAUGUCCUAGAUUACAUACACACCUGUCAAAAAUGCAAAAUGGUUUGUUCCACCUGCAUAGCAGCAAACCUUAUGAAACAGUUCACUCAACACAAAGGUCGUAACGGUAUCAAAACUCACCUUUUAAUUAUUCACACACAGCACCAGCGUUUUGGAACAAGGACGAAGUGGUAGAAGAAAAGGAAACAUAUAAUGCGUCUUUUUGUGGCAGCAUCAGAUAAACCUAUGUUUCCAUUUUUGCUUUUGCAUCUCCUUGUCCAUAACUGUGGUGUGUUCAAGGACCCUCGUAUAAGUUAGAAACAGAGAUGUCACUGUGUCACUGUAGUUAUUGAACCUACUCAGUGGCCUAGUGGUUAGAGUGUCUGCCCUGAGAUGGGUAGGUUGUGAGUUCAAACACCCGGCCGAGUCAUACCAAAGACUAUAACAAUGGGAGCCAUUACCUCCCUGCUUGGCACUUCUGCUUUACACUCUUACAUAUAGGGAACUCUUACUGCUUUGAUUAUAUUUAAGUAAAUUAUGACAGGUUAUAUGAUUAUUUAAAUUCAUAUUGUGGCCACUCUAUAUUGAAUAUGCUGGAUUUUUAGGUUAAAGACUUUUUUCAAGAUAAAACAAAACAUGUAGGGGGUUUCUUUAGAUAUGUUAAUCCAUCUUUAAAAAGUGUGUGUGUUUUAACCUUGUUUCAACCAAAUCCAUGCAAUAAUUAUUUUUUCAGUGCAUGCAAGCGUACCAAGUUUGUGUGUGUGAGUGUGUGUGUGUGUCCUGGUGAUGCUGGGUUUAGGGUUGGAUGGGAGUAUGGGGGCCUAUAAUUUAUGCACCUGCGGCAUAUUAAUAACCCACACUAAAGCAGCUGUGUGUCAUUUCAUUACAUUCAGUUACACAAAUCAAAAGAGAAUGUGACCCCUGACCCAAAUCGACAAAAUGAUUACCGAGCACGGCUACAGCUGCUGCUCACUGCUCCCCUCACCUCCCAGGGGGUGAAACAAGGGGAUGGGUCUAACGCAGAGAGUAAUUUCACCACACCUAGUGUGUGUGUGACUAUCCGUGGUACUUUAACUUUUAACUUAAAAUGACUAAAGGAUGGUGUUGGAAUGUACUCAUCAAUUCAUGCCAGCGUUGCUAAUGGUAUGCUCGCUCAUGAUGGUUCAGUUCAGUUUCAGUUUCAGUUUAUUUCGAACAUGCAUACGAUACAAUGUAAUGCAUCACACAAUUCCAGUUGUUUCAUUACAGUAUGUCCGAAAAAGAGUAGGAAGAAGCUGAGCUUAUUUAAUCCCACCCCUUUUCAUACCAUAGCAAUUGUAUCCCAUGUCCUUGUUCUCUGUAACGGAACAGUGAAUAAAUAAUAAGUAAAUAAUAUACCAUAGUAAGUAAACAAAUAUUAAAUACAUAAAUAAUCUUUAUCUAAAAAAAAAAAAGGGGGGUUCAAGAUGUUCAUCAUAAUUCUUGUUCUUUGUACUUUGUGAACACUUGUAGUUUGAACAGUCUUUUAAAAUGAAUCAUAUUGGUGCUUAAUCCAUUGCAUAAUUUAAUUUCACAUACGGAUAUGCUUAAGGUUUAGUAUUGUAUGUGCAUACAAAUGUUUUAAAUUAGAUUUUCCUCUGAGGUUAUAUCUCUCCUCUUUUGUUGAGAAGAAUUGUUGUACACGUUUGUACAUUCUUGGGUAGCAGGUUAUAGUUUCCUUUGUGCAUAAUUUUAGCUGUUUGCAAAUGCACCAAAUCGUGGAAUUUCAAUAUUUUUGAUUCAAUAAAUAAAUGCUUUGUAUGUUCUCUAUAUCCAACAUUAUGUAUUAUUCUACUUGAUCAAUUUUGUAACACAGUUAGUGAAUUUGUAGUUGUUUCCCCAUAUUUCUGCACAAUAACUCAGAUAUGGUAACACUAGUGAGCAGUAAAGAAUAUGAAGUGAGUUUUGAUCUAGAACAUGUUUUGCUUUAUUCAUUAUUGACGUGUUUCUUGCUUCUUUAUGUUGUAUAUAUUUUUACAUGAGAUGUCCAGUUCAUUUUGUCAUCUAUUAUUACACCCAAACAUGUGUUUUCUUUUACCCUUUCCAUAUGGUCACCUACUGUUAGAAAGUGCCCAUGUCUGACGUCACACAACUUGGAGUCAGGCACAUAUGGACCUCUCUGUAUUUCACAAUUCUAAAAGACACAUGUUCAGGAAAAAACAUUAUUGGAAAUGUUUUUAAAUGAGCUUGUGUUGUAUUUGCUA